GGAUCAAAAACGUUUAUACCCAUUCAAACUAAUAGAAAUUCUUCAGCAAUUGACUUGACAAUGUGUACAGCAGCUCUUUUUCCAGAAGCGUCCUGGAAAGUACUGGACACUGGCAACGGAGGCAACCACUACCUAUCUGUUGAAACGUGCCUCAACUUAACACGUGCCAAUCGAGAGGUAAGGUACAUAUACAACCGAAAACGAAUCCAUGAAGAAAUAUCACAAUUGGACAAUACGACGAUAAGGCGAGUGGAAGAUUUGAUAGACAACGUGAAGCGAAUUUCGGAAAAACACAAAAAGAAGGAUGUACGGAAGCCAAAAUUCUGGUGGAGCGAAGACGUUGAUAUAGCCUGGAAGGAGAAGAGUGAAGCACGGAAAAAUUUCAAUAACACGUCCAGUGAAGUUAAUUUGAUCGAAUUUAAGAGAAAAGCAGCCAUUUUCCAACGAAAGAAGCGACAGGAGAUACUUAAGAAAUUGCAGGAGUUUCCGGAAGAAGUAACCCCGUUCACCGAUCGCAAAACAACGUAGCCUGGAAUGUUCAAGAAGAAGCAGAAGAUUUUCUGGA